UGAUUAAACCGAAACUGUGGCCAUCUUUUAAGGGUUCAACUUGAUUGAUUCUGUUGUUUUUUUUUACUUGUUUAAACAAAUUUUAUCUGUUGUUUUGAACGGUUUAUUAUUUUAAUUUUACUGCGUUUUUUAAUUUAAUUUAAAAUUUUUUUAUAAUUUAUCUUAAAAAGUGUAUUAUUUAAUAAACAUUAAGUUUAAAGUAUUUUGCUAAAGAUUUUUAUUAUUUUAGUAAAUUUUUAUCAGUGACAAAUAUGCAGUCGGCAGCUACAAGGUCAUUCACAAGAUUGUUCCGCAAGCCGGAGACGCUCCUUCGCUGUAUGUCCUCAGCAUCAGCAGGAAAAUUAACUACAGUCGAAGUAAAUGAUAAAACCGGCGUAGCCGUUUUGACCAUGAAUCGUCCCCCGGUUAAUGGUUUGAAUUUAGAAUUGUUGCGUGACAUACACAAUUCAAUUGAGGAAAUUGAAUCGAAUAAAUCUCGAGGACUAAUCUUGACUUCGUCUUCCAGCACAAUAUUUUCAGCCGGUUUGGAUAUUAUGGAAAUGUAUAAACCUAAUCAAGAUAGACUGAAAGAAUUUUGGACUACUUUACAAGAUACCUGGUUGGCUUUGUAUGGCUCAAGUGUACCAACAGCGGCUGCCAUAAAUGGUCACUCGCCAGCUGGAGGUUGUCUAUUGGCUACCAGCUGUGAAUAUCGUGUUAUGUUGCCUAAUUACACAAUUGGUCUUAACGAAACCAAAUUAGGUAUAGUGGCACCUAAAUGGUUUAUGUACGCCUUUUGCAAUGUCUUGCCUCGCCGUGUUGCUGAAAUGGCCUUAACUCAAGGCAAAAUGUUUAGCAGUGAAGAAGCUCUUAAAGCAGGCCUUGUAGAUGAGUUAGCACAAACAAAGGAAGAAGCCCUGGCUAAAUGUGAACAAUUCUUUGGUACUUUUGCAAAAACUAAUCCAUUCGCUCGUGCCAUGACCAAACAACAGUUCCGUUCAAAGGACUUGCAACAAUUCGAGGAUGAAAGAGCUCAAGAUUUGGAAGCUUUUAUAUUCUUUAUUAAUCAGCCCAAUGUUCAAAAAGGUUUGGGCCUUUAUUUGGAAAGUCUUAAGAAGAAAUCCAAGUAAAUCACGAGACUGAAAUGAAAUUGAAAAAAGUUCUGAGAAUCCUAUUUUAUUUUUAAAUGCAUUUAUUUGUAUAUUUUUAUAUAGAUAAUAACACACAGUUAUAAAAAGUAUAUAUUUAAAUUAAAUGAAUUAUUACGUUAACUCCUUCUUAUAUUUAGCUUUCUUCAUUAAGUAGUCCCUCUCGUACUUCAUGUUGCAAUGAUUGUAGAUUCUCAGUCAUCAAGUCUAAAUAUGUGUUAAUUUCUAGAACUUUUGCCCGAUUGCGCUCCAGUUCAUCUCUAUAAGAAGAAAUAUAAAUGGAAUUAAAAUUUAAGUUAAAA